AUGGAACCCGAAGAGGCUGAGUAUUUUGAGAAGCAUGGACUUAUAUUUCAAGAGGUUAUUGCUCAUGGAGGCUAUGGAAUGAUCUUCAAGAUGUAUAGUCCAAGUUACAACCAAAUUUUCGCCCUUAAGAAGAUUAGUUCAGAGCUUUUCCAUCCAGAAGAGAUUGAUUGCUUCAAAUUGAUUGAUGAUAACAGAAUACUCAAUCUUUAUAAGUCUUACGCAUUCAAUGGAUUCAACUACCCUUAA